CAACACAGCACUGAAAAUACCCAUAAUGUGCAUAGUGUUGCUGGUCUAGCACUGCAUGAGAAACAGACAUUCUCAGACAUCUUGGCUUCUGUGCCCCCAAGAUGUGUCUUUGGGGAGAUACCAAAAAAACGCAUGUCUGUUGUGAAUUAUUGCUUCUGCAGGGUUUAUGGCAUAAAAGGCAUGUGCUGUUCUGAGACUGUGGUACUUCAGGCAGACAACGUGAUCAUGAGCAAGUGGCCGUCUCCUCUGUGUUUGCUGACUAGCUGACUAUCGUUAAUUGCUUGUGAUAUUUGCAUUUUUUAAUAAUUACCACUGAGAAACAUGUUUGGUUUGGAACAAGAUUCAACAUGUGCAUUCCACUCUGAGCACAGGACCUGACCCGGCAGGUUGCACCCUGGCUGACAGACAAGCGGAGGUGAGAGCAGAAAGCUGCCUGGGUGUCAGUACAUGAGGAAGUAUAUCGGCAAUCGGUUACUGGCAGGAAGGAGGAAGAGCCUAUUAAUUCUUGAAUCCAUCUGGAAGGGACAAGCCAGACACUGAGAAUCACAACGGCACGGAAACUUGUCUGCAGCCAGCAAAACUGAGAGCAAGGUUUGCUGAAAACUACCUCUUCCCCCGGAGUGGAGGGAUGUUCAGCAGUAACUGACAACUAACGCAGACUCAGGUAGGAUUGCCAAUGCUGUAUUUCAAAAAUAAGGGGCUGUUCUCUUAGUGCCCCUCCCGCUAUUAUUAUUAAUAAUUAAUAAGCAGGACUCACCUACAUUCGCCAGGGGUAUUUCUUGCUGCUUUUUGCAGCACUCAGCAACUCCCAAUCUUGAUGUGCAGAGAUGAAGAAAUAAGGGACGUCUCUUCUCCUAAGGAAUUGUUGGCAACCCUAGAGAGUAAGUAACAAAGUGCAGUGAGCUCUCAAGUCCCACAGCCCCAGGGAAACCCAUUCUGAAAGAGCUGAGGAAAAUUAGAGAGAGACAAAGUGUUGGAAGAGAGGGCCAGAGCCAGCUGCCGAAGAACACAACAGGCAGAACCUCUGGAGGAUUAGCAUCAGCAGCUGUCGUCAUGUUCAGCCACCAUGUUCAGGCCGGGUCCCGGUUCCAGAGGGGCUCUGGGGACAGUCCUGGCGUGUCUGGACCGCUGCGGAGUCGGUUGGAGGAGCUGAAGAAGCUGUGGUGGAGGAAGCCCAUCCCCCUGGUGCUGCAGCACAGUGAGACAGCCAGGCUGGCUGUGGAUGCCUUUCUGGAGCAGGGGGAGCCUGGUUAUCUGCAAGCCAUUGCUGAGGAACAGGAGCUGCCAUUUCUCUCCCCCCUAGACAUGGACUACAUGAGCCAGCAUAGAAGCCAGAGUAUCCUGGAGCCUAAUGCAAGGAAGGGGCAUCAGACCGAGCCCAAAGAGGGAGACUCUGAGGACAGGGCCUCCCUUCUCUCUGAACUAAGCUCUGGUACCUACUUCCCACUCCUGUCUGACAUGCAGCCUCCAGAGCUGGAGCUGGGCUGGCCAGUGAUACCACUUGCCACAGAGUAUGGCCAAACUCAAGCCACUGUGUAUUUCCAGAGAAACAAGGCGAACAGCAUCAAGGAUUUACUCCGGUACCUGAUCAGCAGGGCAAAAAUGGUAUGUACAGAACUCCCCCCAUUUCAAUAGAGCUGGGAUGAAUGCAGGCACACAGGAUGGGGCACAGCUGUAAGGAACUCUGAGUCCUGGCUGCUGUCAUCACUAUUGC